CUCUAGAUUGCCAAAAAAAAAAAAAAAAAAGUGCUGAAGAGUCCCAGGGUGAUGAGGCUAUUUUUGUCUGAAGCUAAUACUUCUAGCUCAGCCACAAGUGCUGCUUGGAAAGGGCUUAGGUUGUUUCCAGGGGGAGAACUCUGCAGAGAAGAGGCAAAGUUCAACAGGACAACAAAGAAGCAGCCGAGAAACAGCCAGCAAAACGAGGAGCCCUCACGUUUAAACAUCGAACCCCGACCAGAGUUCUCCAAUUCCGAAAGCGUUCUGCAAAGUGCUUCUUGACAGAGAAAUUUUCACCUGACUUUUACUUGCUACGGCCACCAUGACUGAGAUCACUGCUGAAGGAAAUGCAUCUACAACCACGACUGUGAUAGACAGCAAAAAUGGAUCUGUGCCCAAAUCCCCUGGAAGGGUGCUGAAGAGGACAGUCACAGAAGACAUAGUGACGACAUUCAGCUCCCCUGCAGCCUGGCUUCUGGUCAUCGCUCUGAUAAUCACAUGGUCAGCUGUUGCCGUUGUCAUGUUUGACUUAGUGGAUUACAAAAACUUUUCAGCAAGCUCUAUCGCCAAGAUUGGCUCAGAUCCUCUCAGACUCGUACACGAUGCUGUGGAAGAAACCACGGACUGGAUCUACGGAUUCUUUUCUUUGUUGUCCGAUAUCAUCUCCUCUGAAGGUGACGAAGAAGAUGAGGGCGGGGACGAGGACACGGACAAAGGAGAAAAAGAGGAGCCUCCCUUGAAAAAAAAAGAAAUACGCAAAGAAAAAGCUGAAAAGCAGGAGAAACCUGAAAAGAGAAUCCAAACUAAAGUUACACACAGAGAAAAAGAAAAAGACAGAGAGAAAGUAAAAGAAAAAGAAAAACCUGAGAAGAAAGCAACUCACAGGGAUAAAACUGAGAAAAAAGAAAAACCAGAAACAAAGACAGUGGCAAAAGAAGAGAAGAAAGCGAAGUUUGAAGAAAAGACUGAAGAAAAGACGAAAAAGGAAGUAAAAGGAGGGAAGCCGGAGAAAGCGAAGCAAACAGCUGCAAAAGUAAAAGAAGGACAGAAACCCCCAACUAAAGCCAAGGAGAAGGAGGCCAGAGAGAGGGCAGCUGCGCCGAAGCGUGAGCAGCAAGGUAAACGCGCAGAGCAGCGGGCGGCCAGAGGUUCUGAGAGGAUGGUGGGCAAGGACCAGAUGCAGUGA